UGCUUCACUUUACUGUGCCCAAGAAGUAGUCUUUCCAGCAAAAGUUUAGUUUGGGCAGUAACGCAUCUCUUUUCAUGUUUGUGCUGUAAUAUAUCCACUCAUUAAGAGUACAGACACGUAACCCGAGGACUCUGUGCGGCUUUCUUCAGCUCUUCUGUCACUGUAAAUAGAAAUAAACUUCCAGCUGAAAUCUGGGAGCCUGCGAGCCGAGCCGAUGGGGAGCUGAGUGUAUGGAUACAGAUGAGGCACGAUGCUAGCGAGCUAACAAGCUACUAAGGAAAUGGUGAGUGUCGACAUUAUCCACUGAAGAACAGCAACAGGAAGUCGAUCUACUGACAUGGAGGGCAAUGGAGAGAUCAGUGACACUGACAGCGGCAUCAUCCUUCAUUCAGGUUUUGACAGCCCAACGACACAUACGAAGGAUGUGACCACACACACACGGGCCAUGAAGCUCAAACACCAGGCUCUCCAAGACCGACUGGAGCUCUGCCUACUGGAGCUGAAGAAACUCUGCAUCCGAGAAGCUGAGUUGACAGGCCGGCUGUCAGAUGAUUAUCCUCUGCUGCCAGGAGAGAAGCCUCCUCAGAUCCGCAGACGUAUUGGAGCUGCGUUUAAACUGGACGAACAAAGCUUCCCUAGAAGAGGAGAGGAGUCAGAACUGAGUUUUGUGGACGCUGAGUUAGCGCUUCAGAUGAAGAUAUUCGAGGCAGCGCGCAAGCUCUGUGAGGAGGACCACCCAAGUAAGGCUGUCAAAAAGAGCCGGUUGCAGCAGUGCAGGAGAGAGGAGAAAAAACUCAAACGGCUACAAGAGACGUCCUUUCAGCUGCGACUGGAGCACGGUCGAUCAUCACCACUCCCUGCUUUCAAUAUUGCACAACAAGAUCUGGGCACAUCUGAUGACAGCUCUCUGUCUGAUUCUGUAGUGCAAGAUGAAGAAGUGACGAGCCAGUCAUCACAACUGUCUUCAGCCCAUCCAGGAGAGACAGAUCCUCCGCCUGUGUCCUCACAAUCAUUCAUAGACGGCUCCUGCAGUUCUCCUUCUGUGGCUCCACAGCCUCUGACACCAAGCCAGUCUCCCUACCCGAGCAUUGACUCUACAGUGAGUUUAAACUCAAGUCCUGUGUAUGACCCUCCUCCCAUCCAACACUCCCCGUGGACAGAGUCUAGUCUCGACCAACCUUACCAGAAGAGCAAGAAGUCUCGCUCCUCCAGCAAGACAAGUCCAGCCAAAACUGAAUUGCUGCCACCGUUGGAGGCUUGCUUAGCGCAGUCUGCUCUGCCAGUGCAACUCUCACACCUGAGGCUGAGCCGCACCCAGUCCAACAGCACGCCUUCCACACCAGAGAUGCGCGUGCACAGACAGCUGUCCCUCAGGUUAUCCAACCCUGAUUCGUCAUUUGAAAAGGACCGUGGUCGCAGCAGAGGCCCGAGGAGGCGACUGACAGAAUAUGCAAUAACUUUACCAGAGACUCCUCCCCCUGUGGUCAACUAUGGAAAGCAUGCUAACUCUGAGGAUAGCCACUCUGAACACUCGUUUGCAUCUUACAACAGCUCACCUUGUCAGGAGUUGCCCUCUGAUUCACCCAAACAAUAUCAGUCUUCAUUCUCGCACUCUGGCCCAGUUGGCAGCUAUGGACCUCAAGCCUUACCACGCACUGGCCUUUACCAUAAUCCCACGCACCAGUCCAGCCCCACUUUUCACAAAGCCCAUUACAAUGAAGAAAUGGUCUACCCACCUGAUCUGGACUUGGCUUGGGGCUAUUACGCCCAGCAGGCUCCCUGUCCUUCCAACAGAAAUGAGUAUUGGCAUAAAGACGCUGCUGUAGCCCACCAGAGAGCACACAGGCCUUUACCUCCCAAUAUCAGACUCUCCCCCUCCCCGUCUCAAUGGGACCGUCCACACUACCGCUCCAGUGGUCUCCCACAACAAGUAGUGAAUGAACAGCUGAAGUCAUGGCACUGGCGGAGUCAGCUUAAACCCCCCAGGUCCCAUUCUCUCGACAGACAGGGAGCAGUCAGAGUUAAAAACGUGUCGCCACGGGAUAUGACCUGCUACCAAAAUCAGAAGUACCAUGAACAGGUUAUCCAAAAAAGGGCUCUCCAAAUAGCUGCAGAUGACACUCAAGGGCACUGGGUUGUAGGCGAUGGCUCUCACUUUGUAAGUCAAGUGUAAACCAAGACCAUCUGAAAUGAACAUGUCGACCGCAACUGCAUUCAUUCCCAAUUAAGUGAAGUAGCUGAAAAAAUCAAGUCGGAUUAACUGUUUCUGCCCAUAAAAAUAACUUUUUUCAUGAUUCCUGUUAACCUGCCAGUCUGUAUUUGGGCAAACGGAAGGAGGAUGAAAAAACUGGAGCUUCUUACAUUAUGAUGAGAUCUAGUACAACAAUAACAAAAAAUUACUACAAAGUCAGUAAUGUCACAAAAUCAACUAUGUCACAGUAAAGCUGAUUGCAGAGCAGUUGUGUUGGAUUUAGAACACAUCUGUAAAGAGUGCCUGUUGUUUUUGUCCACUCUUUGUACUAACCAUUAUAAAUGACGCACUGAAGUGAAUGCUUGUUAGAUGAAUUGAAAGGUGAUAAAUACUCUGUUUUAAAAGCGCUGUUGUAACCUGUGACCUGCAAGGUGUCCAAGGCUGAUGCCAUAAAUCUGUUGCCAGCUUUUUUAGUUUCUCACAAAAACAGAUAUUAUCAUCAUCGCAGAGUUUCUGGGUCAUUAAAUUAUAGGCAAAGCAAUUAUAAAUGAAAUGGUAUUUUGCAGCAAAGUGGUUGGAGAUGCAGGAGUUCUAACAUAGAAAUGUCCACCAAAAGUGCACAGUGUAGUUGGAUUAUGAGAAAUGUAAAUGUUUUUAAAAUAACUCUUCUCAUGUAGUUUAUAAUAUGCCAUUAUUGAAGUUAAUUUCAGAUGAAUUAUGAUUUAUUUAAAAAAAAUUAACAGGUAAAGCUGUCAGGAAAACUGCUUUAAGGACUGAAUCAUAUAACAUAGUGCUGCAUUAAAUAUGGCUAUCUGUAGACAAAAACACACAAUUGAGUUCACUUUUUGCAGUUUGGUAGAUGGGGAAGUGUUCCUUUUCACCCAGCUGUAUGAAAGAAAUAGAUCCACUGUAAAAUAAUGUAAAUGAUCAACAUGUUCUUUUAUUAAUUACAUUUUGUGUAUAAUUUUGGCUUUAUUGAGUUGCUUUGUUAAUGAACUUGAGCUGCUUAAAUUAAAGAUUUGUCAACUUUGUCUUGUUUUUAUACGUGUGGCUAUGCCAGUUAACUUGAAUUAUUAACUGACUUAAUCAACUAUUUUAAACUAGAUAUAAACUUACUCACAUGUCAUAAAAUAGCAAAUUAAGACUAUAGCAGAGUCUUGAUGCUUGGCAGCUAUUACUAUUACUUUGAAAUUUAAAUGUCCACAAGUGUUUGAUCACUAGACACUAACCCUUUUGUUAGAACCAACCCUUUUUGUGAACUGUAUUCAAAACAUUGCCAAUAUGUGAUUCACGAGCAAGUCUCCCAAACAAACAACCGUUUGAUGGUAGAUGAUUUGAGAAUGAGAGCAAAUUACUGCUAAUUCCACUACAGCUAAACACUGGAUCUCUCUCAAUGAUCUGUUUAUGUGUUUGAGUAUAUUGUGAGUCAGACUUGAAAUUAAAGAUGUGGACCUGAGUUUGCAGAAUCCAGCAGCAGUAAAGAUGAUUUCUAGUUGUGUGUAAAAGAAAAACAACCAAUCAUGUUACCUUGUGUGCGUUGUGUCUUUUUAUUUAUCAGUUUAAAGGAGUUUAUGUUGCUGUUUAAAAAUCUGUGAAAAUGUUUCCCUGUGGAAGAAAAUAAAGAGUAAAAUUUG